UGUGGUUCACCCUGUUAAGAAUGCAAUUUUCAAAUCACGAAUCUCGAUGCAAAUCCCCAAAUUGAAAAAUAGAAAUUCAUCAUCCUACUCUAUCUCCAACAGAAGACUCAGUUUCAGAAGAUGUGAUCAUACAUACUCGACAAAUUAAGCAAAACAGAUGGAAUUAUCAACUCAUUUCAGCGGUUCGAGUUUUCACUCAUCAUUUUCGCGUUCACAUAAUCAUCACUUUGCAGGUAAGAAGGGUCAAUCGGUAUUUGUUGGGGCUUGCAGUGGAAUGGUAAUUAAAUCACUCACGCGCUCUAGACACGAUGAAUCAGAGAGAUACUCCUUGGCUUCUUCUCAUGGAUUCCAGUUUAGCUGUGUUGUACUUAAACAGAACACUCAAAGAUAUUCAGAGACAUAUGUCCACACACACGAAACAAUAUGUGGUUUGAGGAAAAAACAUUAUCCUUUUCAGAGCUUUUUGAGCCAUGCAGACGAGCUGCACAGAACAUAUAAUGGUUGUGGAUGUCGUAGAAGGAGAAAAGUUUUAAGAGACUUGGUUGUUAGAUCUGAACUUGCAGAUGCCGGGACUGCUGGAGCUUCAUAUCCAUCAUCAGAAAUUUGGUUCAAUUCAAAGCUAAGAGGAAUUUGCUUCUAUAUUGUAACAUCUCUUGCUGCCAUCACUUUAUUCGUGCCAAUGGUUCUACAGCAUCCAUUUGUCCUAAUGUUUGAUCGAUAUAGAAGAAAAGCCCAGUAUCUUAUAGCUAAAGGCUGGGCCUUUUUGACAGUGUCUCCUUUCUUCAAGAUUGAGUACGAGGGAUUGGAAAAUCUCCCUCGAACUGAUACCCCCGCCAUGUAUGUGUCCAACCACCAAAGCUUUUUAGACAUACAUACUCUUCUGACUCUGGGGAUAAGCUUUAAAUUCAUUAGCAAGACAUCAAUUUUUCUUUAUCCAAUUAUUGGAUGGGCUAUGUUUCUACUGGGUGUUAUCCCUUUAAGGCGCACAGACAGCAGAAGCCAAUUGGAAUGCCUUAAGCAGUGCAUUUCCCUGAUCAAGAAGGGUGCAUCGGUCUUUUUCUUCCCAGAGGGCACUCGAAGUAGAGAUGGAAAAUUGGGUACUUUUAAGAAAGGAGCGUUUACUAUUGCUGCGAAGACUGGGGUACCUGUUGUUCCAAUUACUCUGAUUGGAACAGGCAAAAUCAUGCCUCCUGGAAUGGAACGAGAAGUGAAUCCAGGAUCUGUGAAAGUUAUCGUUCAUCCAUAUAUAGUAGGAAAUAAUCCGGAUGAACUCUGCAAGAAGGCUAGAAAUAUUAUUGCCCAGGAACUUAUUCGUCAAGGCUAGGUGACCUUAACAAUUUUGUCUCUCUCUCUCUAGAAAGUAAGAUUUAGAGGAGCACUGAGAUAAUAUGAGAUGAGAGCUUUUGCUCAUCUGCCUUCUGUUCCUGUGUAUCUACUGGUUUUAGCUUGAGUCAAGAAAUGAGUUCACUUUGCGAUAACCUUUUUUAGUAGGUCCUUUGUGGAACUGUCUCACAGAUUAGGAGUCGUCAAAUGGUAUGAUCUAAGUAAUACUUUUGCAAGUAUUAUUUGGAUUUUUUUUGUUCCACGAGAUUUUGUUUGUAAUUUUUUACUUACAUAUUAAACCAAAUGUUCGAUUC